CUUCAUGGUCUGAUGUCCGAAGACGUCUCACACCUUUGGGCAGGACUUGCGUGGAUGGUGUGCAGGUCUGCUCCGUCCUUACGGUCUUGUGCCAGUCUGCUGCUGUUAUGGUCUUCGCAUGUUGAAUCAUCGUUGAUGAGUACGAGUGUCAAAUUUCUAUAACCUCUUCCAGCAUCUACAGUCGUUUUGAAAGAAAGUCUCAGCACAAUGUCCACUGCCUUGCCACACGGGACAACAGAAUCUGUCCACUCUGGACUUCCGUCUUUGCCAGAUGGCAUCACCCCUAUAUGGCUUACUCAUGUGCUCGGGGACCAGGUUAAAACUGUGGAAAUCACCAAGGUUGUGCAUGGCACUGCGAGCAAAGUCUUUGUCACAGUUUUAUAUGAUGCUGAAAAUGCAUCCGCCAUGAGCAGACCAAAGUUCCUGUGCAUAAAGGGUGGCUUCAACCCGAAAAUCAGAGUCCAGUACCCUUGGAUUGUCCAAGUCUACCUUCGAGAGGCCGACUUCUUCAGCAAAGUGGCGCCAAAACUGGCCAACAUCGACCUACCCAAGUCAUAUUGGGCCGGCCAUAACGGUUUGGACCAGGGAAUCGUCAUCAUGGAUGAUCUCGCUAUACGGGGAAGCCAGUUUGGCGAUCCAGCCAAGUCGUGGCCUGUCUCAAAGGUACUGGCAGGCGUUGAGCAGCUCGCAGCCCUCCAUGCGGGAACAUGGAACGCCAAGGGAGAGAAUUAUCCGUGGCUGACGGCCCAUUACGACCAGGCCAUCCUAUCCUUAAUGGAGACCUACGACGCAGUUGUCCUUUCCGAUGAUCGACCAAAGGGCAUCCACGACUAUCUGAAAGACCAGGGCCGCAUGACAGCCGUGUUGAAGAAGCACUACCGUUCGAGAAACCCCAAUUUUCAGUGCAUAGUUCACGGGGACCCUCACACCGGAAACACAUACUUCUUUGAGGAUCAGCCGCGCUUUCUCGACUGGCAGAUCAUCCACAUCGGCUCGGCAUUCCACGACGUAGCAUACUUCAUCGGAGGGGCACUGGCCAUCGACGACAGGAGGGCUCACGAGAUGGAGGUCCUGGACCACUAUCUUGAAAAGCUCGCUAGUUUCGGCGGCCCGGCUCUAUCGAGCUCGCAGAAUGACGUCCUUGUGGAGUACCGGAAGUCUUUCCUUGCGGGUGUCGGGUGGAUUAUGUGUCCAUAUGUGAUGCAGCCUAAGGAACAAGUCCAUGCAAUGGCAGCGCGAUAUGCAGCGGCCUUGGAUGACCACAAGACUAUUGAGCUUGUAGAGUCGCUGAGCGAUGCUGAGUGAAAAUCUAGCUCCAAGUGCCCAGGUGCUCAGUCGUAUUCUCUCGUUUUCUAGACCGGCUAGGUCUCUUGCUUCUACAAAUCUGCAAAAUUUAGAACACAGUUGGGUUUCAAUUGAGCCAUGACAGGUGAAGAUAUGGCCCCCAUGGUGUGACGGUGCGGGCUUAUAGAAUGCCGGGAAGUAAACAAUUUGAAUUGGUCAUCGUGGUCUUUUGGCCGAGCGGUCUGUUGCGCCAGCAGUCAACGGAGUUCCCACCGUAUCACAAGGCUUCAUUGUAGCGGCUUUAGAAGCUGGACUUUCUUUGGGGAUUCAAGUACUUGUUUCCAUAUCUGGUUGAAGGCACGCGAUUUCGGAAAUUAGUGGACAGACGAGCUCUGCUCAGAUGCCCACUACGCGGCCACAGUACCUCUCAACCAUCCUCCUAUGGGAUUCCCUCCCGUGCUUAAGUAGAAUACCCUCCUAUGCAACGACUUUCUGGAGAGAAACCUCCUAUUAAUUUCAAGAUAAUUCUUCAGUUAGCUCAAGCUAUAACGACUAUAU